GGCGACACUCUGCGACUCCAGGAGAUAGAUAAAUUCCUCUAAACCUGCAUGAGAAGAGCUUUGGUAGAUCAAAAGUAUUGUGACUACACCCGCCAGAUAAAGCAUUUUCGCUUCGGAGAAGAAUCCUGGUGUCGGGCAGGGGGCAGAGAGGGAAUUUCGGUAUUUGGCACUCGUCUCUCCCACGGAAGUGUGUAUCGGUGGUCGAUGGUGCUCGCAUUGGGCCCUGGACCGCAUUGGGAGGAGCAUGAACCGUAGGUGAAGUGGAUUGGGUAUUGUUGGCGAUGGAGAGACCUAAACAUAUGCUGAACACGGUAUUAUAAGGAUCGAGGCGGGAUGGGGUGGGUGUGGAUGUGCGUCGGAAUCAGAAAUAAAUCAGCUCGCAGGAUUGGGAGAAGAGUGAGCAGCGACACGUACGAUUCCAGGCUCGCGCACCAGUACGACUUCACCAAGACUCCGCGCAUAGAAGACUUCUUAGAUCCCAGAGCAGCUGGCUACGACGCGUUCGUCAACAGCAAUGCGCCAUUGUCCCCGACAUCAUCCAAGGAAGCCUCAUCGUUGGGAAGAAAUGCGGAUGAAACUUGGGAGAGGGAUUUACGUGCACGUGCACUGGACGGCAACGAUCGGAGUCAUAAGGGAACACAUGAAUUUCGGCAUUCUGCCUCCAACGAGAGAAUCAGAAAUAAUUAUGGGCUAUACUGGGACAACACUGAUGAUUUGCCUGAAAUAAGUUUAGGCUCUAUCGAUUUCCCACGAAUAACACCACCCACGCGGAAGUCUGCCUCUAAACAUUUGAUAGAUGUCGACGAACCUAGCAAUGGUCCCCUGGCGUUGGCUGCUAUGCCUGCCGUGGCAAAAAGCGCUGCAAGGACGCAAGAACCAAGUUCGCUUCCUGGUUUGCUGUCCAAGGAAGUUCAAACUACAGAAAGGUCACGAAAUGUAGCUCUGAAGCUGGCAAUGACCACCAACUGCAAGGAUUCUGGCAUGGAGUGGGUUGAGUUGCAGAGUGGUGCAGGAGGAACUAACAGUUAUCCAAUUCAUUUGGAGCCGCACGAGCUUCUUCCUGCCCCGGAGACCGCACGUUCUCAACGCCCUCAUUCUGCGCCGCUGCUGGAUCUUUCGGAAGACCAUAUAAAAGCCUCAAAAGCAGUAAUUGCUUUCAAGGAAAGCAGACGAGAGUCGGGAGUAGCAGAUUUCACUCCCAUGGAUCAGCCUGCUCCAAAACCUUCGUACAUUGGCAGCCUCUUCUCGUCAUCAAGAAAAUGGUCCUUGCAACCUGGGUCUCGUCUGUCUCAAGCACCUUUAUCAACCGUUGCAGAAUCCUUAUUCCAAACGGAGGAGCCCCGGGCCAAGCGAAAUAGCGAUGUUACCUUCCAUUCGUCCAUCAACAGCAACUUGCCACAAGGGCGUCGUGGAUCUCACGACGGGGUUUGUAGUAGUAACCCUGUCCCUGACAAUCAGCAACAAGAAACCCCAGGGGGGUUGUCCGUAAAUUGGAGUGGAACAGAAGCUUUGGACACUGAACUUGCGACAAGGGAUGUUUCUGAGUUUCUCUCCACGGAAGAGUGGGACGACUGUGUGCUCGUGGAGAAGGUAGAAGAAUUGCCAACCCAAAGAGGGCAAACGAGGCAUGAGCCCCUAGAAGUGGAAUCCAAUUCUGGUUCAUGCAUUGAAGUUGCUUCUGGACAGAGAGAUGAAAACGUAAGUGGCAAUCAAGGGCGAGGUAGGGAUUUGUCUCCUGCUAAAGGUGCAACAAGUAGCAUCGAUGGUCGUAUCCUUGAUCAGGGUUCAGACUCCUCAACCAGUAGCUCAGAAGUAGGGUCACGAGAUGAAGCAGCUUCGGCAUCUCCGAAAGUUGAAACGUUUGGAAGGAAAGAAUCUGGUAGCGUGCGUCGGAAGCCAAUAAAAAUCGUAGUUUCGCAGUGUGAGGGUCGAAAAGAGAAUGACACGGUGAUGGGAACCCCAGUCAGGAACAUUCUAGUUUCGCCGGAAGUGUUUGUGUCGCCCAAACCUACAACUUCGGAGCUGAAUUUCAUGCGGGUGAUGGACAUGAAUCCUGAGGAAAGGCCCAUAUUUGGCUCCCUUGCUGAUCAUUGGGAGGCUGCGUGGGCUACGAAGCGUCCAGCGUGGGACGGCAAGGGCAUUCCUAAUUCCACCCACAAGUACAGAGAGGAUCAGAAAGUAAUGUGGCAUGCAACUUCUUUUGAGGAGCGUCUCGCACAAGCUUUAGCUUCCCAAGAAGCUGUUCCCCAGAGGCCAAACAGGUUCACAGGACCAACCGUUCGAUGAGCCAGUCCCAAUUCAUAUUAUUUUUUCAUCGAACUCGGCAUUAUUCGAAAAACGAAGAAACGUUUGCAUCCACAAUAUAUAGACCCAUCAAGUGACGCCUUUUGUAUAAAUUACUGCACAAGCCUGCUGGUGUGGAUUUAACAAACACCCAACCUAGCUGGCCCCAACCUGUAUAUUUAUCUUGUAAAAAAUAAUGAAGCACACUCUUAUCCUUCGUUUA